AUGCGGCUUCUCUUACUCCCUGCUGCCACGGCAGCGCUCUCUGCCGCCCUCGAUCUUCCCCAGGGCUAUGCCCCCGUGCCCGUCUCCUGCCCGCCCGACCUCGAAUGGAUCCGGCCGGCAGUCGGCCUCAGUCGCGGAGAGGCCGACUGGGUCCAGGGACGGAAGAAGGUCGUCCUGGGCGCGCUGGAUGGCUAUCUCGCGCGUCUGGGGCUGACCGACUUCGACGUGCCCGAGUACAUCUCACGCCUCAACCAGUCCGGCCAGGCCCACGUCCCCAUCCUGGGCAUGGCCAUCAGCGGCGGAGGCUUUGCAUCCGCCUUCACCGGCACCGGGGCGAUGCGGGCCUUGGAUGAUCGCGUCGACGCGGCCAACGAGCAGCGCACCGGCGGGCUGCUGCAGAGCCUGACCUACCUGUCCGGGUUAUCGGGGGGAUCGUGGCCCACGAUGUCGUUCUCGGCCAACAACUUCCCCACGGCCGAGGAGAUCGUGGACAUCUGGAAGCCCGAGAUCGACCGGUUCCUCACCGUCGAGAACACCACCGCGGAGGCCGCCACCGUGGACGACAUGUUCGAGCAGAUCGUCACCAAGGACCUGGAAGGGUUCGACAUCGGCGUGGGGGACUUCAUGGGCCGUGGGUACGCCUACGAGUUCGUCCCGGGGGCAUCGGGGGGCCUCAACACCACCUUCUCGUCGAUCCGCAACCUGAGCAAGUUCGUCAGCCAUGAGAUGCCGAUGCCGAUCAUCCAUCUCUCGGAAGUGGGAACGGGGGAUCCGGAGUAUGAUGGCCUCUACGUGCCCCGUUCCAAUGGCACCAUCUUCGACGUGACCCCCUUCGAGUUCGGGGCCUGGGAUGGAUCCGUGCGGGCCUUCACCCCCGUCGAAUGGCUGGGCAACCGGCUGUCCCACGGCAGACCCGUCAACGAGAGCGUCUGCUACCAGGGGUUUGACCGUGACUCCUUCAUCAUCGGUUCCUCCGCCAACGCGUUCAACUUCUGGUACCUCGAGGCCGUCUCCAACAAUACCCUGGGCCAAUUUGCCAAGCGAUCCCUCCGCCAGCCCGGCCCAUCCAAGCGGUCGAUCCCUCUCGUCGAUCUCGACGGGAUUGCCGACGUCUUCGAGGAGGCCGUCGGGCUGAACCUCACCCAGAUCGCCUCCUCCAGCUACCCCAACCCCUUCGCCAACCUGUCGCUGUCCUCCGGCAACGCCCACAGCUCGGCCUCCCUCAGCAUGGUCGACGGGUCCGAGACGGGCCAAACGAUCCCCUUCUGGGGCCAGAUCCAGCCCGCGCGCAACGUCGACUUCAUCCUCGCGUGGGACGACUCCCAGGACGCCGCGCCCUACGGCUGGAUCUCGGGCGCCAACCUCUACAACACGUACCUGGCCGCCAACGCCACGGGGCUGCCCUUCCCCAUCAUCCCCCCCGUCAGCACGUUAGUGAACCUGAACUACACCACCCACCCCGUCCUCUUCGGCUGCGGCGCCAACCUCACCACCACGGGGGACACCCGCGCCCCGCUCGUCCUCUACUACGCCAACGCGCCCUACAGCGCCUACACGAACUUCACCUUCUGGCAGUCCUCCACGACGCGCGAGCAGAUGGACGAGAUCUUCGUGAACAGCUUCGACAUCGUCACGCAGGGCAACGGGACCUGGGACGCCGAGUGGGCGGACUGUAUCGGGUGCGCGGUGGUGGAGAGGAGUCUGGCGCACGUCGGCAUGCAGCGGACAGCCCAGUGCGAGCAAUGCUUCAGUCGGUAUUGCUGGGAUGGGCAGCUGGAUGAGAGUGAGCCCGCGGAGAUGAAUUCGAACUUGAUUCUCGAUCCGAGUGUCGGGUUUUUGGAGUGGAAUGCGACGAAUCCGUUUUAG